UUUUUAGAUGCUGUGUCAUCUACCCCCUAAAAAUUUUGUGGCGGCCUCUUUGAAUUUGCCUGUUGUGGUCUUUUUGUUGAUGGCAAUGCUGGAAGGCGUUGUUGCUUCUCCUCUUACUAGUAGUGCUGCUGGUUUGUCUUCAUCCCAUCCUGCUGUCUCACCAACCUUUGGUGGUUCGAAUGUUCAUCGUAUCCAACACGACAACAAUUCACUUCAUUUCAAUCCAACUUCUAAAUUUCCAUCCUUGACAACAACACAUAACAACAAAAAAAUGUUGGUAGCCAAUCACCAAAAAAGUGAUUUUGUGUUCAAAGCAAGUGGAAACCAAGAUGGAGGUGAAAUCGAAAAGGAAGAUGAAGGCAAAAAGCAAAUGUCAAAAGAAGAAGAGGUGGGGGUACUUUUAUUUAUUUUGAUUGAAAGAGGGAUAUGGAGAGAGAAAUUUUAA